CCCAGGACCCGCCGGGGCCUUUGUCUCCAGCCGCAGCCGCCCAGCAACAACCGUGUUCCCUGCUUUCUCCUCAGCGGUGGGAGGGCAGGUGGCCGCGCCGCAGCAUCUGUCGCCCUGUGACCUGCGGGGACUGGGAGGUCUGUAGGGAGGAUGCCGGGACACCGCGGAGGCCGGGAGAUGGAACUGUUGACAUUCCGGGAUGUGACCAUAGAAUUUUCUCCAGAAGAGUGGGCAUGCCUGGACCCUGCUCAGUGGAAUUUGUAUAGGGAUGUGAUGUUAGAGAACUACAGAAAUCUGUUCUCUCUGGGUCUUGCAGCCUCUAAGCCAGACCUGAUCACCUGUCUGGAGCAAAGAAAAGAUCCCUGGAGUGUGAAGAGACCUGAGACAGUAGCAGAACAGCCAGCUAUGCCUUCUCAUUCCACCCAUGACUGUUUGCCAGAGCAGCACAUAAAUGUUUUAUUCCAAAAUGUGAUACUGAGGAGAUAUGGAAGCUGUGGCCUUGAGAAUUUAAACUUAACAAAAGACUGGGAAAGUGUGGGUGAGUUGAAGGAGCAGAAAGGAUGUUAUAAUGGGCUUAAGCAAUGUUCAAAAACUACUCAGAGCAAAAUCUUCCAGUGUAAUAAAUGUUUGAAAGUCUUCAGAAAUUUGUCAAAUUUAAAUAGACAUAAGAUGAGACAUACUGUAGAGAAAUCUUUUAAAUGUAAAGAACGUGGGAAAACCUUUAAACAAUGCUCAUAUGUUACUGAACGUAAGAGAAUUUAUAAUGGAAAGAAAUGUUACAAAUGUGAAGAAUGUGGCAAAGUCUUUAAUCAGUGCUCAUACCUUACUAAACAUAAAAGAAUUCAUACUGGAGAGAAACCCUACAAAUGUGAAAAAUGUGGCAAAGCCUUUAAUCAGUGCUCAUACCUUACCAAACAUGAGAGAAUUCAUACUGGAGAGAAACCUUACAAAUGUGAAGAAUGUGGCAAAGCCUUUAAUCAGUGCUCAUACCUUACCAAACAUGAGAGAAUUCACACUGGAGAGAAACCUUACAAAUGUGAAGAAUGUGGCAAAGCUUUUAACCGGUGCUCACACCUUACUAUACAUAAGCGAAUUCAUACCAGAGAAAAACCCUAUGAAUGUGAAGAAUGUGGCAAAGCCUUUAAUCAAUGUUCAUACCUUACUAAACAUAAAAGAAUUCAUAUCGGGGAGAAACCCUACAAAUGUGAAGAAUGUGGCAAAGCCUUUCACUGGUACUCAGACCUUUCUGUACAUAAAAGAAUUCAUACAGGAGAAAAACCCUACAAAUGUGAAGAAUGUGGCAAAGCCUUUAAUCAGUUCUCAUAUCUUACUAAGCAUAAGAGAAUUCAUACUGGAGAGAAACCCUACAAAUGUGAUGAAUGUGGCAAAGCCUUUCAUUGGUACUCAGACCUCUCUGUACAUAAGAGAAUUCAUACAGGAGAGAAACCCUACAAAUGUGACCAAUGUGGUAAAGCCUUUAAUACAUGCUCAUACCUUACUAAACAUAAAAGAAUUCAUACAGGAGAGAAACCCUACAAAUGUGAACAGUGUGGCACAGCCUUUAACCAAUGCUCAUACCUUACUGCACAUAAAAUAGUUCAUACAGGAGAUAAACCCUACAAAUGUGGAGAAUGUGGCAAAGCCUUUAGCCAGUGCUCAUACCUUACUGCACAUAAAAGAAUUCAUACUGGAGAGAAACCCUAUAAAUGCGAAGAAUGUGGCAAAGCUUUUAAUUGGUGCUCAGAUCUUACUAUGCAUAAGAGAAUUCAUGCCAGAGAAAAAUCUAAGAAUAAAGAAUGUGGCAAAGCCUCUAACUGGUUCUCAGAUCUUACUAUGCAUAAGAAAAUCCAUGCCAGAGAAAAAUCCUAAGAAUGUAAAGAAUGUGACAAAGCUUUUAUCCAGUACUGACACCUUUGGGUGCAUAAGAGUUCUUACAGGAGAGAAACCCUACAAAUGGAAAGCCUUUAAUAAAUGUUUGUUCACAUAUUACUCAACAUCAGAGAGUCAUACUGGGUACAAAUGGCAUAAAUUUAACAAAUGUCAAAGUACCUUUCAGAAAAUAAAAGUCUUAGAGUGCACCAGAGCAUUUAUACUGAAAAAAAAAUUACAACUAUAAAGGGUGGUGAAGUACCUUUACUUAUAUUACAGAUCUUAUUGUGCCCAAGAGAAUCUAUUAUGUAGGGAAACCCUCCAUUGAUUGCCCAAGCUUUAUUUAAAUUCCUAGAAUUUUGAUUGGAGAGAAAUGCUACAAACAUAAUGUAUUCAGAAAAAGCUUUAUUCAACAAUCACACCUUUGAAAACACCAUAGGUUAUAGUAAAAGAUAUUUUACAGAUGCCAGAAUGUAAAAAAAAAAAUUAAUAAAAAAUCAAGUCUAAAUAAAUAUCAGAGUGCUUGCUAAUGUGUCUGAGCAAGUGGAAAAAAAUAAAAGAAUAAGAAAAAGAAGUAAAAAAAAGACAACUAAGGUGCUAAUACUUUUAGACAUUAAAGGAAGAGUGUUGAUUAUAGAGAAUAAUCCAAAAUUAAAAUAGUUCAGUAAUUUAUGUGUAUGUAUGUUUAGAAGGAAGAGGAGAUUGAUUUCAUGGAGAGUUAUAAUUACAUUCAAAGUAUACUUUUUUGCAUUAAAAUUUUAGAUUUUUUGGAAAAUUAAAUAUUGAUGUAAUUCAACUCUCAAAUUACUCGAUGCUAUGCCUUUAUUCCUAGUGUUUCUGUUAAAGCAUGUAGUCAAUUCUGCUGCAUCAGAACUAUGAAAUGUCCUUCUAAAUUAGGUGGGCAUCAUUUACAUACUCUUCCAAGGAACACUAAGGACACCGAAAUGUAUGAUGCAUGAAGAAAAUCUAAGUGGAAAGGCUUUCUGUUUAACUUAGAGUGUGGUAAGUGAUGUCAGAGGUAGAUGUUCAUAGUAAUAUUCUCCAUUAUAGUUAGAAACAUUUUGAAUUUUAGGAGUUUUAUCGGUUACAUAUUGAGGUAAUAAAAUACAGUGGAUUUUGAAAUGCUUUCCCCACCCCCUGUUUUUCCUUUCCCAACAAUUGACUAGACCAUGAAAUGCUUUUUUAAAGAGUAUGUAUGAACUUGAUUUGUUUUAAUAAAACAAAAUUGUGUUCAAUGUUUAA